AUGCUGUUCGGUCCGUCGAUUUUCUGCUUCAGUGUCGUUGGCCGGCAGCAGGCUGAUCUUCUCUCAAAUCUGUUCGUGGAAGGGAUUGGACUCUUCGGCUGCGAUGGCCACAUGCUCUUCAGCAAUCUGCCAGCAGAGGAGCUCUUCAAGGGUAGUGAGACGAAGCCGGCGUGGCCCACAAGUGGUCCUAUUGUGCAUGUGCUCUCCCACUCUGUGGACCAGCCGCUCGGACUACCAGCACUCCGUGAGGUGUGGAAGAGAAUUGCAGAAGAAGGGCGCUUUAGAAGAUUCGACUGGACCCUUAAGAUGGACCCAGAAACAGCCUUUCAUCCGGAUCGCUUGAGGGAUGUUCUGUCACCCCAUUGUUCUGCUACAGAUUGUGACGCGAUGGUGUUGCAAGACGGCGCGACGAUUCCAGGUGCCAUGCAGGCCAUGACGAAAGCCGCUGUUGCGGAGCUGGCAAAGAACCAGCUCGACGAUUCCUGCGGGGAUGAGGCAGCAGCCGAUGCAGAGGUGAAGUGCCUGCAGAAAAGCCUGACACAGAGUGGUGUCAAGCUGGUGAAGGAGAAGAACCUGAUGAAAGACUUCAGCACCUCGCACUCGAUGCGGAUUUGUGAUCUCAGUCAAGGCAGCUUUUGGCCUUUCCUGGCUUGGCCAGAUUACAUGACCUGCAUGGGCCAGGCGGGCUACUCUGUCACCCCCGAUGCUCCAUCAAAUCCAGGGCAGGUGUCGUGGACGCGAGAUGUGUUGCAGCGAGGUUACCAUAUCCGGCCCACCAUCUUCUGCUGGGUGCUGGUCCAGCACGCGGGCAAGGAGCCAGAGUUGCUCAAUUGGCAGCGGCAGCGAGACCUUGGCAUCUUUGCGUGUGAUGGCUGGAUGGUCAUCAGCAAUGCGUCGGCUAGAGAGGUCUUGCCGGCUGAGGCUUGGCAAACGAACUUCAGCGUCAUCCAGGGCAACACUGCUGGCAGGACCUUCCGCACUGUCCACGGCAAACUGGUUAGCGAGCCAGCCGACGCAGGGGUCUAUGCAAAGGCUUGGAAGGCCGUUUUCGACAAAGGUGCUUUCCGCUCGUUUGAUUGGAUUCUCAAGCUGGACGUUGGUGUUGUUGUUGCUCCUGAACGUCUUCGGAGUGCUUUGAACGCCUUGUGUCCGCCAUCGGAGUGCGGAGCGAAAAUCGUUCACAACUUUGGUGGGGACUUGCUGGGGCCUGUGGAAGCAAUGAGUGCAAAAGCUGCCACAACACUGGCAGACGGCAUUCACACCUGCACGAGCACUGCAAGAUGGGAGAGCCAACCCGAGAACCGCUGGCUCUCUUCAUGUGUCAGUACACUGGGCAUUGGAUCUGUGCGAUCAGCUCUGCUGCUCGCAGAUCACAAGGCUAAUCCUCGGCCCUGCGACACGCUGCACGGCUCCUUCAGUCCAUACAUGGACCUUGGUUUUCACGCACUCUGCCUCAAGCAAUCGGGAUACUACUUCAUAGAACCACCGCCGACCACCACCCUCACUCGUACCAUAACAAGUACUUCGUCAACUUCAACUUCUGCAACGUUUACAACUUCUACUGCCACAAGCACCACCAUGACUACUACAGUUCCCAAAGUGGCGCCGAACAGCAUCUUCGCUUUCGAAGGAAGAUCCUUCCAGAAGAAGCUGCCAGUUUGGGUGCUCACUGCCGAGAACGAGCAGCGUGGCAUUCCCUUUGCUCUGGAGCUUGCAGGCGGUCUACUGGCACUGAUUGCAUUGCCCGUGGCCGGCUUCUACUACUCUCGCCGAUCCGCCGCGCCCACCGUGGUGCCUGAGGAGCCUCAAGACACCGGCGAGGACGGACAUGACGGGAUGCAGAAUGGAGAUCAUAUCGAGGACGAUUGCGCGGGCGCAGGCGGGCGGCCGAGCGGAUACGUCCCGAGCGGAGCGACUGGAACUACCGCGGUCAGGGAGCAGCUGUCUUCUGUAAAGAAGGAGUUGGACUUCAUCUUACAGCAGCUGCGCGGGCCAGGUGGGCAGGUUCAGAGAAUAGAUCUCCAGGAAGUCGAGCGCCUGGUGAAGCACCUUGAGGUCGAUCGAGGUGAGCUUGCCAAGCGCUGCCAGCGACUGGCGGAGGAGAACCAGGACCUGAAGGAGGCGAAUCGUCACUUGGAGGUGGAUCUGUCGGCAGCUCGGCGUGAGCUGGAAAAUGCUAGGAGGCAACUGCGGCAUCAGCAGAUCGACCUUCAGUUGAAAGCAGGCACCUCUGAGCAGCAAGAGGCAGAGGAUGAACAGCCCUCCGCCGAGGAACGCCUCACACAGGAGUCCCUGGAGGCGCUCCAAGCUGCCAUGGCUUCCCCUGGAUCCUCCAGGCAGAUGUCCAGAAGCGAGCUCACAAGAGCGCUUCGUGCAACGCAGGAAGAGCUUGCCAUACAAAGAGCUCGCAACCAGAAGCUGGAGCAGCGCCGGAUACGUGACAGUCAGCGGUGUGAGAUGCUCGCAGAUGCAGCCGAGCGGCAGAGACUGGAGAUUACAGCGAUGCGGCUCGGCAAGCAGCGGAAGCUCGCCGCCCAUCCGCAGACGGUUCACAAGCCCAAGAUGCUCCAUAACCUGGCGCAUACUAUGCCGGUCAGCCGUGAGGUCAGGCCAUGGGCCGGAGGUGAGGCAUCUGGAGUUCCGAGAUCCAACUCGGACUUUGGGCGCCUUCCACGGAUGAAGGGUCGAGACAUACCCUUGUAG